AUGUUCCCUCGUGCUACAACAGCUAGAUUACUGACGAACGCUUGCCGCAAAACCACUCCGUCUUUGCAAAGAAGUGCCCUGAGGGCAUGCUGCUACUCAACCGCCUCCAGCUCCCAGAGCACUGCCGGAGCACAUUCUGCUGACUCGGCAAGAGGCACUUCCCCUCCUCCAGAAUUCGAAGACUAUCCCUACAGAUACGGGUACGGCGGCUGGGGCCGUGGCUGGGGCCGUGGCUGGGGCUACGGCUACCCAGGGCCACACAGACACAGACGUGGCAGGUUCUUCUUUUUCCUUAUCUCCUUUGCCGGCGGUAUGUUUGCAUACAAGCUCCUGAGUGGCAACUGCGGAGACGAGCGCUGGGAAAGACGCCAUGCCAGAAUGCACGACAGCGGCAGCUACCCCCAGGACGCAUACCCAGGAUUCAGUUCUGCUGCUGCUUCCAAAUUGGACGUUCAGACACUUCCUAUCGUCGCCGCCUUAAGAUCUAAUCCGGACUUCGAAGAGGCGCAUCUGCUCAGCAGCCAGGUGGUCACCCCGACCACCAACUCGUCGUUUGAAGACUCCAUCAUGCUGCCUUCCAAGCCAGUAGAGUUUGCCAGCAGUUCGACAGGUGAAAGGGUAGCCGUCGUCACAUUGCCAGAAAUUGCUGGCAGACAUAGAGAAUGGUACGGGUUUGGAAGACGGAGCGGCCACAGACGCGGCGGCCAAAGCGACAGACUUGUCAUGCUCAUGGAUGAGUACUUGAAGCGGGACGCAGCCCUCCUCUUGAACGUCCCUCCUUCCUCUAUCUACACCACGGCCCUCGACGUCGACUUCCGGUCCCGCAUGACCCCGCACGACAAAAUCAUCAUCGUCAAGGCCACGGUGGACGAAAAUGCGGCCAAAGAUGGCAGGUCCGUAGCCAUCUCCGGUUCAAUCAUGAGCACCGAUGGACAGCUGAUUUCCAAGCUCCAUGGCUCCUUUACCGCCGACUCCACUAAAGCUCCCCCAACUGGCCAAGACGUCUACCACUUUAGAAAGUGGAUGUGGUCUGAUUGA